AUGAUGGACGACACAAAUGCCAAGUCACCCUCAGACAACCCGCUGGAUGCGCCCGACGGCCCUCCUGCCGAGAACGAUGUCCAACCCGCCGACGAUGAGGACAUGGCCGAUGCCAACGAGGACGCCAAGGAUGCUCCAGAGGCCGCCGAAGACACUAUGGACGCAACGCAACCCCAGGAUGCACAGCAACAGACAAAGACCCAAGUCGAGGCAUCUGCUCGUUCACAUCUGAUCGAACAAACCCACGCCAUCAUUCUGCCCUCAUACAGUGCCUGGUUCGACAUGCACCAAAUACACAACCUUGAACGUAAGGCUCUGCCUGAGUUCUUCAACUCGCGCAACCGCUCAAAGACUCCCGCCGUCUACAAGGACUACCGCGACUUUAUGAUCAAUACAUACCGCCUGAACCCCCAAGAAUACUUGACUGUCACCGCCUGCCGUCGCAACUUGGCUGGUGACGUCUGCGCAAUCAUGCGUGUUCACGCCUUCCUUGAACAGUGGGGCUUGAUCAACUACCAAAUUGACCCCGAUACUCGACCAUCCAACAUUGCGCCACCAUUCACUGGCCAUUUCCGCAUUACCGCCGACACUCCUCGUGGUCUGCAGCCUCAUCAACCUGCUCCCAACUCUACAGUCACCGCUGGACGCUCCAACCCUGGCACCGACCGCCUAGCAAGCGCUACCCCUGCUAUCAAGUCAGACUUGAACCUCGAAGUCAGACGAAACAUCUACGAAUCUACUGGAAAGGACGUCAGCUCUAAGCAGGAGAACGGCACUGAUCUCGAAGAAUCACUCAAGCAGCCUGGCAAGCAGUACCACUGCCAUUCGUGCGGCAAAGACUGCACACGCGUGCGCUACCACAACUCGAAAGCCUCUCCGGCAUCAGUCGCUGGAAAGAAUGGCGCUAUGCUCAAGUUCGACCUGUGCCCUUCGUGUUUCAUGGAGGGUAGAUACCCAAACUCGACUGGUCCCGCCGAUUACACCAAGCUGGAGAACGAGAAAUACACAACUAUUGCUGAUCGCGAGGCACCAUGGGCUGACUCAGAACUGUUGCUGUUGUUGGAGGGUCUGGAGCUGUUUGACGAGAACUGGGAACAGAUCGCUAACCAUGUUGGAAGUCGCACAAGAGAAGAGUGUGUUCUCAAGUUCCUGCAGCUUGAGAUUGAGGAUAAGUACCUCGAAGGUGAAGACACAGUCGAUGGUGCCUCAAACAACCUGGCUUUCCUGAGCAAUGGCCGUGUUCCUUUCUCCCAGGCAGACAACCCAGUCAUGUCCGUCAUGAGCUUCCUCGCUGGUCUGGCUGACCCUGCAGUUGCCGCAGUUGCAGCAGGCAAGACAGUGGAGCAGAUGAGAAAGCAGCUUCGCAGCAACCUCGAGAAGGAUUCAGCACCUGUCGAAUCAGAAAAGGAGAAGGAGACUUCGGCCGAACAAGCAGAGCCCUCAAAAGACGACAACUCGAUGGAGGUUGACGACAAGCCCGCAGCCGAGAAAUCCGCAAGUCCUAAGCCCCUCAAGGAAGAGCCCAAGGACGCUGCAUCUUCACCCGCCACAUUGGCUCUCAGCCUGACAGCUGCUCGUUCCUCAGCUUUGGCCUCGCACACCGAACGCCACAUCAGCUCGCUAGUUUCCUCAGCCGUCAACCUGCACAUGCAAAAACUGGAGCUUAAGUUGCAACAAUUCGACGAGAUGGAGACCCUGCUCCAGACCGAGCGUAGAGACCUUGAACGUCAACGUCAACGCCUCUUCUUCGACCGCUUACAAUUCAAGCGCAGAGUUGCAGAUGUCGAGACCAAGUUUGCAAGCAUGGGUGUUUCUGUCGAGAGCGAUGUCAGAGCAGCCGCUCAGGGCGAGGCCGAGGACAAGGGAGACAAGCUUGGAGUUGUGGGAACCCAGGAAGGCGCAGCUGUUGCUCAACAAGGCGACGACAUCAAGCCAGCCAGUGCGGAAGAGGCUGGAUACAAGACUGCUGAGGUGUAG